CUAGAUGUAGAGUGGUCAGCUUCAAGCCCUGGUGGCUUUAUCCCCAUCUGCCAGGAAUCGAACCUAAGUUGUACUGACUGAUCAUAAUAUAUUCCUCUUAAUCCAAAAUGAGGACUGAUCCAUGAUUCACAGCCUUGAAAAUAAACACUAUAACAGAAUGGCAAACUUUAUUCAAAAUGCACAACAUGAACCUAACUGCAAAUAAAAUUUACACCCAGAAUUGUCAUGAACUGGUUACUUUUAUGAGAAUUCGGUCCACCAUUGAAUAAAAGCUGCAUCUGUUUUUUCAGCUAAAUUGAACAUUAAUAAAAAUAACAAUGUCAGAAUCCAACAUCCAAUGGAGAUCAGUAUAAAAAAUUAUGCAUAUGUUGUGAAUUCCGUUUGUAGGUAAAAAUGUACAAGCUUGUGUACAUAGUUUCCUCUACACCCUACUGAGUUUUCAUAUGAAGUUUGUGGGUUGCGAAAAUAAUCGUGUACAGAAGUACAUAUAUAUAAUGUAGCAAAUACUUCAGAAUUUGCUGUGUGUAAAUUGGUCGACUGACAUACUUUUUUAUGCUUUCAUAUAAAAACAUUUCAUUCUACAUAUGUAAAACAAACACAGAACAAAACAUUCUUUUAUUCAUAAGGUGAAGUAAAAAGAAGAAAAAUUUCAACUUAUAAAUAAAUAUCCAUUGUCCACAAGUUUUUAAAAAAAGGUGCACAACCAAAACAUGAAUGAGAGUCAAUCCACACUUUCACUGCACUUCAGAAGCUACACUGCAAAUCUGUCUCAUCAGAUAAAGUUUUUCAUCUUGGCUUUGGAGAAGGCAGGUUUCUGCCUUACAUAUCUCUUUAUUAUACAACGUAUUCUCAGACAAGUACUGCUUAUUACAGUUUUACUUCACAGAAACAAGAAUUGUCAUUUUUGUCAUAAACUAAACAAUAUGACGCAUAUGUUGUUCCCUGGUGAUUGGUUCCAACACUGAACUAAUUUUUUAGUUAUUCCUAAAUAAUUCCCAACCCAUCCAUGCCCACAAUGAAAAAAAUAAAUACACAGGUACAAUAACAAGACACAGGCAGUAAUAAUAUUCCGCAUCCGAGAUCAUGUCUGUACCAUUUGGAAUUACGCCAACAUGGUGAAAUAUUUUCCGUAGAUGAAGUCCAGCUAAUUAUAAUGAAUGAAACAGUGAUUAGCAUAAAAAUGCAUCUCUAAAUUACAUAUAACAGCUCCGGAACAACAAUUUCAAUAAAGGUGUAAUUUCCAGUUUUUGUGCAAGUUGAAGUUAAUUAAGAUUUACUGCAUACAUUUCCUUGCAAAAAUCAGUCACCACAAACUCCAGAUCAUAAUUUCAAGCAACGCACGCAUUCUUCGUAAUAAUUAACUACGUAAUCACCACGUCACCUAGACACAUACACACUAACUAAGAUUUCAUGUUCAUGGUACUGUUGGAUGUUGGAUACUACUGGUACUAUUUCACGCUGCCAUGUUUCAUUGUCGUUCAUUAUCAUGCGCUACUCGAACGUCAGAUACCACGGAUCAUAUUAAAAAGUCAUAACCAGUCGUACUACAAUAAGAAGAGCUGUAUGUGGGUAGGUAGCACAAAAAUCAGAGUCUGUGAUAUUUAAGCUGUCAUGAAGGAGGUGCUGUUCCAGGAUAUACCUAGCAGAAAUGAUCAGAUUUCUUGCAUAUUGGAAUUGAUUGGACAACCAGGGGAACCAGUACCACCAGCAAUAUUUGUGUUCGGCCAUACUGCGACAGGAAAAACGUUGGUGGUCACCCGUGUAUUGGAGGAACUCCAGUACAUCCAUGCUGUAGUAAACUGUGUUGAAUGUUACAUGCCACAAUUACUUUUUGAACCAAUACUCAACAAGAUACAUGGACAUGAACUGUCUUCUGCAAACAAGUAUGCCCCAUAUGCUAGCUGUGACAAUAUGAUGGAUUUUGUCAGUUGCCUCAAAAACUCAAAAAUUGUGGCCCAGGAGAAGAAACCAUGUGUAAUUGUUCUGGACAAAUGUGAGAAACUCCGAGAUAUGGAUACCACCCUUCUUCCAGCAUUUCUUCGGCUUCAAGAACUGACUAAGAUGUUCCAUCUGUGUGUCUUUCUCCUUAGUGAUGUUGUGUGGGAAAAAUUCCGUAUAAGGGAAGGCUUCCAGGAGCCAAUACAAAUCCAUUUUCCGCAGUAUACAAAAGAUGAGCUUGUGGAAAUUUUGUUACGGGAUCGUCCAUCAGGAGACAAAUGGCCAGAUGAUGUAUACUGCAGCUAUGUGAAACUUUUCUUGGGCAUCUUUUAUAGAGCAUGCCGAGAUCUCAACGAACUGAGAUAUAUGGCGCAACUCAAUUUUCCAAAAUAUUGUGAUCCAAUACUAAAGGGAGAGUCAAAGAUGGAUGAUGUUAACAAACUGUGGAGACAUAUAACACCACACCUCCGGUCAUCAUUAGCACAACUAUAUCUUAGGACAGCAUCCAGUUAUAGUCUGGAAGAGACUUUGAAGCCAGCAGCUCUGUCUUCAUCUGAAACAUAUGUUCUGAGUUUUGAUCUACCCUACUAUGCCAAGUUUUUUCUCAUUGCUGCAUAUCUGGCAUCUUACAACCCUGCUAAGGCAGACCGUCAUAUUUUUGUAAAGAAUCGUGGUAAAGACCGCAAGAAGAAGCGACAGAAGAGAAAACAACCAGAGCAACUAUUGGGUCCUAAAGCAUUUGCUCUGGACAGGCUCCUUGCAAUAUUUUAUGCCAUUAUUGGAGAGGAUGUGAACCUGACUGCCAGUCUUUUAUCACAGAUGUCAUCUCUGUUGAGACUGCAGCUACUCACAAUUGUUGGUGAUGAUCACAUUGAUUUACCACGAUACAAAUGUGCUGUGGAUUUUGAAUUUAUCAGUACUGUUGCAAGGACUGUCAGUUUUAACAUAAGGAGAUAUUUGUAUGAAUUCAUGUGAUGAAUAAUUAUGAUGAUAACUAUUACUGGUACUGCUGUAGACUAUUUUGGAAGUCAGUGAAUGUGUGAAGCAGACAAGCAGCAGCAGUAGUUUCUUAUGUAAUUCAGAUGAAACCUACUAAAAUAAUUUAUGCAACUGUGUAUUACAAUUCCUGUGGGGUACAUUAAUUUGAGCUCCAGUAUUACUGGUUUCAAGUGUACAGUUUACAAUUAAAACAUUUUUGUACUAACUACCUACAUGUAGAA